AUGUCGUCUUCUUCUCCGAGUGGCGAUUUGACUGAGAGAAGAGGGAUUCCGGCGGCUAAAUUCAUCCAAGAUGUCGAGACUUAUCUCUCUCAGUCCAACCUCGAUUCUAACUCUGCUCUCGCCUUCCAUCAAGAAAGGCUUCAGCAGUAUAAAGUUGUCGAGAUGAAGCUGCUUGCCCAACAAAGAGAUCUUCAGGCUAAAAUCCCAGAUAUUGAAAAGUGCUUAGAGGUUGUUGCCACUUUGCAAGCAAGGAAGGGUACUGGUGAGUUUCAUAAGGUUGAACUUGGUUAUGCUUUGAAUUCUUCUAUGCAAACUUUGCUGCGUCCAUGUGAAGAUUCUUUCUCUAGUGCGCUUUUGGCUGAUUUUGAAGUGUCUGAAGGAAUAUAUUCACGAGCCUGUAUUGAAGACUCGGACUCGGUGUGUUUGUGGUUGGGAGCAAAUGUCAUGCUGGAAUAUUCCUGCGAAGAGGCUACAGCUCUUCUGAAAAACAAUCUGGAAAAUGCUAAAGCAAGCCUGGAGGUUCUUGUAGCUGAUUUACAGUUCUUGAGGGACCAAGUCACAGUUACUCAGGUUACUAUUGCGCGUAUUUAUAACUACGAUGUCCAUCAAAGGAGGGUAAAACAAGUUACCUCUACUGCCAUCGCUGCUGCAGACGCGUGA